AUGAGGCAAGACAUCCACCAACCGGCGUCCAUGUUAGCCAUGCCCGAUCAAACAGAACCAGGAGGAGCGAGCGCCGCUAUAUUCGCACAGCCAUCGUGGGUACCGAGUGAGCUAACGGCAACGGGAGACGCAACCGGGGAGAUAUAUAGUGAACUUGAAGACUCCAGCCACAUCAGUUGCGAUAACACCUUCGAGCCAAUAGGAAACGUUGACGUUGACGUUGACGUCGGCGGUCUAUCAGCUACUAGUGAGUGCCUGUUUAUCGAACUCGCAGAAAAGAAGUCUAAGAAACGAGCUGGAAAUGUCGAAAACCUUCAAAAAUUGAGAGACGAAUUGAGCGCUUUCGUGAAACUGGGUAUUCGGGAGGACUUGACUACACUCUACUUUGCCCUGCAGCGGCAGCUACCCAAUUGCUCAGCUGACCACUUGCUGCGCCUGCGACUGACUGGUUUCUGCCACAAAAACCUCGCCUCGUCAAAGACAAUGUUUCAAUUCUACAUCAGCCCACGUCAUUAUGGCCCUGAAUAUGCCUGGGUGCACUGCACGGCAGACUUUGCAAGGAGCUCGCUCAUAUCUACAUCACAGCCGACGCUCUGCCAUCAUCUUACAAGCGCAGAGCAAGGUCGUAAAUCAUUGCUCAUCUCCAUCAACCGCCAAAAGCAAAUCCGACUAAGACGCGAUAGCAACAUGAUGAGUCCAAGUGAAUCAAGGCAGCCAGAGAGUUUCCAAACCGCCUUGAAGUACGGAAAGCCCACCAGAACGCUACCAAUGCAUAGUUUGUCUCAGCUCGUGGAACUUCCCUGCAUAGCAAUGACAGACCCGGGAAAUGCCAUCGAAGCAGAUAACAGAGACCGUUUAUGCUUCAAUAUGGCCCUCUCUGCUUUUUUCCUCUUCCGUACGCCUUGGAAACAGGUUCGGUGGUGCGGUCGGCGGAACUUUGAUGCGAACAUACACUUUUGCCGAGACCCAGCAACUCGUAUCAUACAUCACCAGACGGAAGCCUUACUCUCCUGUCCGAUUGGUCCUGAUUCGUCACACCCCGAGUAUGACAAGGAUUUGAAUGGUGACUUGAAUCUUUUGGAACUGGCCAAACUUCUAGUUGAGGUAAGGUUCUGGGAAACUCCAGACUUCCUAAGGGACCCUACUGGGCUUUUAUCAAACGAAGAUAUUCGAAAGAAUCUCGAUUACUUCAUAAACAACCACAGAGAGUUAGGUCGACGCGAGGGCGACUUUCUCUACGCUGUCAAGGCAUGUAUUAGGCCUGAAGGACAGAAGUUCGAGCCGACGGACGACGGCUUCUUCCAGUAUUUUUCAGCCGAAAUACUUCGCCCUCUUGCCUCAUAUGCUGGGAUCAACUGCCUUGCGGUUGAGGACUUGAAAGAGUACAGUGUGUCUGUCAUCGAGGAACAGCGCAAGCCACUCGAAAAGCUACCACAUAAAAGAGUAAAGGGGCCAGGCAGUUCGACUGCCGAGGACUUCAUGCACAGAAUGCGCAUGUUUACAAAUGCAUAUGUCAAGGUGCGGAGGAAUCCGUUGAGAACACCGUUGUCAAAGAACCGGGACAGGAAAAUUCGCAUAGCCAUCAUUGAUAGCGGCGUUUGUAGCAGGGACGAGUAUAUUCGAGAGAACAGGCGAAAUGGGAGGAUCAAAGGGCAGCGCAACUUUUCAGAUUCCAAUGUUGACGAUCUCGAAGACUUCCAUGGUCAUGGAACGACCGUUGCCAAGAUACUCUUGGAAGUGGCACCUGAGACCGAGGUUUAUAUUGCCAAGGUGACAUCCUCGCAGAGCCUCUCAGACCAGGAGCUGGGCAACAUAUACGAGGUUUGGCAAGUGGACAUGAUUAAUAUCUCAAUAGCGAUUGAGGAAAAGUCGGUCGAUAUCGAUCGGGCCCUGGCCCGCGCCCUCAUCCCGGCGUCGACCAUCAUCUUCGCCGCAGCGCACAGAAAUGUUGGGCAGCACGAGGGUCCAACUUGGCCAGGUACUAGAUCCGGUGUCAUUGCCAUCCACUCCACGGACGGGGAGGGGAGGCCGCAGGGACAUGCGAGCGUUGGCAUGGACAAGUAUUUUGCCACCUUGGGCUGCGACAUCGCCACGACGGAAAGUUUUUGCACGCCGGGUACGUUUUGCAGGCCCAAGAGAACAGAGGUCUACGCCACGGGCGUUUCGUAUGCGACACCAAUCGCGGCUGGGAUUGCCGCCAACGUGCUGGAAAUUAUCCGGCACGACGCGGCGCCAGACUACGAUGACGUGAGGCGAUGGUUCUAUAAUGGCCAGUACGUGAAGCGCCUGUUCGAAGCCAUGUCGCAGGAAGACAACAGGUGCCGUUUUGUGCAGCCAUGGAAGUUUUGGCAAGAAGUCAUCAAGGGAGAAACGAAGCAAGGGGACGUUGAACUGAGGCGAGGAGAUGGAGGUAAUGUGAUGAAGGUCCUACAGAUGUUGGUCUCAAAAUAG